AUGUAUUAUCAUUAAGUGUUGAAUACAAAUCAAAGUCAGACAUUUGCAAAUACAAUAAAUACUGAAAGAGUGAGAUGUCAAACUUAACAUUAUAAAGAGAACUCCAAUUCGUUUCUCUAUUAAUAACCGAUUUAAAAGUAAUAGUAAAACUUGAAUGAAUAGUUAUUAAUAUAAAAUUAAAAGGUAUUUAAAUAAAAUGAACAAUCUUAGCUUAGUGAUUAAAAUGUUAGAUUAUAAAACGAGUGUAAGAGACUAGAAUAUCAUUUGAAUUUAAUUUAACAGAAUUUUUAGCAAUUAAAAUAAUUGUACGAUUAAGAUUAAUUGGAAAUGCAACGUAUUACUAAUUUUUGCCAUCAACAAUAAUAAGAGCACAAUUCAAUGUAAACAACAAUAUUGGAUUUGGAAUAAGAGAACUUUUAACUUCAUCAUGAAAUUGAUCAUUAUCAGAAGAAUUUAAAAGCCUAAGAAUUUAUUGAGAAUUAGCGAAGAGAAAUUAUGAUUGGUUAAUAAAAAUUGAUAGAACUAUAGGAAGAGAUGAAAAAAGAAGUAGAACAAAUAAAACAUGAUCCUUUAAUGGAAAUCUUAGAAUUAUGGAGAGAUCGAGCCUUAAAAUCAUGUACAUAUAAUAGUCAAUAAUAAUAAUCAAAUAAAUUAAAUACAACAAAAGAGAAAUAUUAAAAGUUGACCAGGUUAACAAUGCAAGCUGCUGAAUUAUUAAGCUUUAAAUUAAAUUAUAAAUGA